UGUUUCGACGAACAGCAGCAUCUACUGUUAAGUUGGAGAACGAGUUGUACCUCGUUGUCACCUUUAUUUCAAAGUUGGCAAGAUUGAAAAAUAUGCGUUGGGCAUUAUUUUAGCAUCAGUAUUUCGUCUGCAGGUGAUCUAACGUUAGCCUAGUCCUCGAGCCGCACAAUCUUGGAGAAAAUCGCGGAGUCUGGUUGUAUGAUCCGUGGGGGUUUUGUGUAGACUUUUCCACGUCUCCGUGAUCUGCUGUGACCGGAACCUUGCUUCUCCAAGCUCUAGGGUAUGGUCUUGUUUUGAUCCCUCGCAUGGAUUUGAUUUUACGAUGUUUACGUUGGGGAUUAGGUUCCAGUGUGUCAACUCCACCGCCUGAACUCGACGGUCCCUUGCAGUUUGUAUUAAGGGUAGAGGAGGGACAUGGGCAAGAGGCAGAAGAAGAAACAGGCGCGAACCAGUAGGAAUAUCCGACAGGUGCAGCGAGCGAACGCAUCCAAGCAAGCUGCUUCAUCACCUACAUCGAUUAUGACGCCUUUUCCAAUGUCAUCGGGAGGGACUAGUGUGGACGAUUCCUCUUCUGACUUUCAUCUUCUAAACUUCGAGGACACGAGUUGCUGUCAACAUGUCGAGAAUGGUGUUAAUCUAGAUAAAUUGCGCUCUCAGUUUGCCACAAAACCUCCGAUGGAGUGUCAUGAGUGCAUGUUGGGUAAAACAGAUAAAGUAGCAACAGCACCAGUAGCGGAGAAACCUCUGUGGACAUGUCUUGCUUGUGGUCAGACUGGAUGCGGCUUUCAAAUACCGGAAGCUAAGGACGUAGAUCAGAACAAUAGUGGACCAACUAGUGUCUCUCAUUUAGAAACACACGCAAGUCAGUCGAAUCACUCCGUGGUCAUGCGGUGGAACGAAUCUUUAGACUGCCGUUGUCUCGAGUGUAAUUUGCAGCUCAAGUACCCAAGUGUUCCUGGACAAGCUUUUGCUGUUGGGGACGAGAGCUCAAAUGAAGCAAGUAAACGUGAGUUGUUACUACAGCAAGCAGCAACUUUAUUGCAUGAAAAUAGAACUCGUCAUCCGACCUUCUCAAAGGAGAAGGACGCUCAAAUGGAGUCCGAUCAAGUUGCUAAAGUCGACGAAGGUGAUUCUAGGUCAUCCAGUAAUCAUACAAUAGAAGUCAAACCAGCUAGGUCGUUCGCUACCAGGUCGGUGAUGAAAGGGUUGAUGAACUUGGGCAACACUUGCUUUUUCAAUUCGGUGAUGCAGAACCUCGUUGGUGUGAGGAUGCUCCGGGAGCAUUUCGGUAAAGAAACAAUUGCACAAGAAGGUGUAUUGAAAUCGUCUCUCAGAAACUUUUUCCAGGAAAUGGACUCUAACCCUGUUCAGAAAUUAGCUGGGGUCGAUGUAGUCGAGAGAUCAAUCAGGACUUGCUCGUUUGGAAUCGGCAAUGUGGGUAGCGCUGUAAGUCCGAAAAUACUCUUCUCUGAGAUUUGUAAGAAAGCUCCAAGGUUUAGGGGUUUUCAACAGCAAGACAGUCAUGAACUCUUGCGGUGUUUACUGGAUGGAUUGCACAUGGAGGAAGAAAGCAUACGGAAGGCCCAAUUCGGUAUGGAUAAAAAAGUUGAAUCAGGCGCUGAUUCAAAUUCCAAAGACGAGGACGGCAGCCUCGAAAAAGCCCCUAAGAAGCCCGACACAUUGGUAGAGUACAUGUUUGGCGGGCAGUAUUCAAGUACUGUGACUUGUUGCGAGUGUGGUCACUCUUCGGUUGUGUAUGAGCCCUUUUUAGACUUGUCUUUGCCAAUUCCGUCGAAGCAAUCUUUCGGGAAGACUGCGGAGCCUAUUGGAGUGCCGAAAUUGUUUGCACCUCGAAGUAAAAGAGAGAAUCCAUCUGGUAAUGGAAUUCUAAGCUUGAAAGCGGCACAAAUUUCACCAUUUGUUUCCGGACCAGCUGAUGAUGUACCUACUGCCAUUAAGGAUCAGAAAAAAGUGGAAGUACCUCCUCCCAUCGUUGGGUUUAAUUUGGAGCGAAAUAUUUCUGCUGGCGAUACUGUGGAUUCUGAGAACUCGAAUGGGAAUUAUUCGAGAUCUGAGGACAAGAGAAAUGCUACGAUUGUUGGCAAGGAUCACGUCGGAAAAGUAGUUCGUCCACCUGCUACUCCCCUUCCCUGUGAAUCUUUAGCUGAAGCAUUUGUUUCUUGUGGUAAAACCAACAGUACCAAUUUAUGGAGUGAAAAUGUGGACAAGCCUAUCAAAGAGACUGCUGUAGAGGGUGGUGGUAAAGUAUUAAUAGACGCUCAACGAAUUGGUUCUGAUGCUCCGGAAGCUGCGAGCAGAGCAUCUCAUGCUAACCAAUCAAGAGAUGUCGAGGUUAAUUCUCAAGAAGAGCCUUCCACUAAGUAUGGCGAGGAGGCUGAUCAGAACCCUUCUCGAGGGAUUAUUUCAACGCAGGGUGUUGAGGCCUCCCAAACUGAUGAGUCACUUGCUGUCUUCCAGCUGGAAGAAACUGUUGUCCCCUUUGGUCCCCAUCUUCCAUUUGAAGGCUAUGGUUGUGCCGAGGACCAGUGUAUGGCCCUGCCUCUCCUCCCGCCUUGUAAUCCGUCUUUAGAGGUGGAAAUGCAGACCGUCGUUGGCUGCUCUGAAAAACCAUUAGCUGGAGAUCAAUCCAGCAUGAAUCAAGGAUCCACGUUGACCAGCGAGGGCCAGUUGGGGUCUUUUGUUUCUGUCGAAGAAGGAGAAGUCGAUGUCGGUAUAGGUGGUCUCUUUGAUGAUAUUGAUUGCAAUUCGCCUUCAAGGAACGACACAGCACCUGAGUCUCAAGUUUUGAAUUCCAUUGAUUUUGGUAGCUUCAAUAGUAUGGACGCUCUUGUUAUUUCUGAUGGUAGGUCUGGAUCCGUUAGGGAUUUUUGUGAAGAAGAUAUUUAUCCCACUAUGUCACUUGAAGGCUGUUUGCAGGCCUUCACUAAGACUGAAGUUCUGUCAGGAGAGAAUGCCUGGGCUUGUGAGAAUUGCACUCGUAUUGCGCAUGGCCGACAAGAACUUGAUCAAUUGAGUUUACGUGAAAGAGAACAAGAGACAAAUUGUUUAGAUAAAUUGUCAGAAGCUGAAGAGUGCAGUGUUGAAAUCAGACCAAUUUCAGACACUGACAAUUCUGGUGAAGGAGGGUGGGAGUCGGUGAGUCUUGUACAUCGUGAGGGUAGUGUAGAGGAUUUGAUUGGCUCAACCAAUUCCAUGAGCAUGAUAGUAGUAUCUACUCAAGAAACAGUCGAGUCCGUAAAAAAAGUAGAUCAAAGUGAUUGGGGCAUGGUUGGAGCUAUUUCCAAGGAUGAAUUUAGUCAAUUGGAUGUUCAGUUGAAUAAUGCUGAAAUAGUAGAUAGAAGAGCUGGGUCAAGUUUAGCGGAGCUCCGUACUGUUGAUGGUACUGAAGAACCUCAGCCUUUCAAUGCGAAAGAGGAUGGAGAAGAACCCCAUGUAAUAGUGGGAAAGUCGUUUGCAAAUGCAGAUGAAAGGGAUGAAAAUAUUGCAUCAAUUAUUAGUAAGAGUGCAGUUAGUCCAGCUGACAGGGCUCAUAAGCCAGACAUAAAUGGGAAGGCUUCUGCAAAUGCUGCUCUUAAAGCAGUUUCUCGUAGUCCCCAGGAGGAAAUCGGUAAGAAGAAAUUGGAAAAGGAUGUCACGAAGAUGGUCAGCGUCAAAAGGGAUGCAACUAAAAGGCUCCUGAUCAGUAAAGCCCCACUCGUUCUCACAGUGCACUUGAAAAGGUUUGCCCAAGACACAUAUGGGCGAUUGAGCAAGCUGGGUGGACAUAUUACCUUCCAUGAGGAGCUUGACCUGGGUCCAUUUAUUGACCAAAGGGAUAGCAUUAAACAAGAUGGUGUGUACCAAUUGAUUGGUACUGUGGAGCACUCCGGAACAAUGCGAGGUGGUCACUAUGUCGCGUAUGUCAAAGGAGAAUCGGAAGACUCCACUGAGGGUAAAUCCACAUGGUACUACAUCAGUGAUUCACAUGUUCGUAAGACAAGCCUAGACGAUGUAUUGCAGAGUGAAGCCUAUCUACUGUUUUAUGAAAGGCGAGCUUUUGACCAAAGAGCAUCUACUGUCGAUAUUAAUUGCAGAAGCGCAUCUUAAUCUUCCAGAGGUGAUUGUCAUGUGUUGGUCUCCAAUUGAGCAAGAGGUCAAUACAUUUUUUUCCCUCGUUUGGCCAGGAUAGAUGGUCUUAGAUUCCCUUUCAGUUGUUUCGGAAGGAAAGAGUCGAGUUUUGUUGUUCAGCAUGUUAAAUACUGCGGAGUGUUGAUUGCUGUCAUUUUUUCCCCUUCUCCUUACAUGUCUUGGCAUUUGCAAACCUUGUCGAGGUAAGAAGUUCAAGGGUGUGUUCAAUAUCCUCCUGCUAGAGGUCUGAACUUGUUCUGCAGCUAUCUGAGGGUACCAAGUUUCGCUUCCAGUCGAACACAGCGGGUUUCUAGGAGUAAAAAAAACGUAUGAGACAGUGUUAGAGGUAAAAGCUAGAAACUAGAACCUGCUUGGUUCUGAUAUCUACACAGCACGCCUUCUUGGGGUGAUUAACAGCUUGUAGGGUGUUACGUAUGGAAAUUUUAGAGGUGUAGAGCCGUAUGUGAUUCUUGGAUAAAAUUUAUAAGUUUAUUUAACAGUCCUCAUUGGCCUUUUUAGACAUUUAUUAAUUCAAGUUUUAUUCUUUUGUUUGAGAA